UGGGAGUCCUGACGGUUCUCCCUCAAAGUCAGCAAAGGCCUCCAGAGCUAGGACACCAUCCCCUUCAAGGAGCAAAGUUCUCCAAAAGAUGUUCAUGUGCCUGAAGCAAACCUUCAGCAAGCUGCAACACAAAGUGAAGUCCCGAAUGUCCAAGGACCCUCGUUCCAGAACACCUGACACUAAAUUUACAAAGCCACCCUUUUGGAAGGCAAGGGCCUCCAAGGGUGUCCGGUUUCCAUACUACUGAAUCCCACCCUGCCAGCAUGCCCACUAACAGCAGGGGCCCACAAAUUCCAACCUCUCCCUAUCAUCCAGUGGGCCUGGUAAGCAUGGGCUAAAGUGGCUGAGAAGAACGGCUUGUUGUCCUGGGACACAGAGACUGAUGUAUACGUGACUCCUCUUGGGAUAUGACAUUUAAACCCAGAUUCCAAGAUGAAGGGGGGCCUGGGAGCUUGGAUGAGAUUGAGGGUGUGGCUAGCUCACUGGAUUUAUUACUUUACUUCAUGCGGUUCAAGAAUCAAUCCUUCCUUCAAGAAGAGCUGAUACUAAAUUUACAAAGCCACCCUUUUGGAAGGCAAGGGCCUCUAAGUGUGUCCAGUAGUACUAUUAGGGCCCUACCAUCAAUCAAACACAAACCGGCACUUUGACUCCUAAAACCCGGCCCCUUGACCCCUUAAACUCCGCCCACCUAUCACCAGAAGUCCCACCCACAGGGUAUUACUUCCAGGGUCAAGGAGGACACAUUACCGGAAGCAAAGUAUGUCAUGUGACCCCUCUAAGAACUCCUCUCACUGCCCUCUACCAAUCAGGAGAGGUUUCGCCCUCAUAGGCCUACCCGGAGAGGGGAUUUGACCAAUCAGGGGUGUUCCAGGGUGGGGUGACCCAUCCGGAUGUGGCUCGUGUGACCCCUCUAAGAACUCCUCCCACUGCACUCUACCAAUCGCGAUGGGUUUCGGCCGCAUAGGACCACCCUGAGAGCAGAUUUGACCAAUCGGUGGUGUUCUUGGACAGGGUGACCUGUCCAGAUGAGGAUCAUGUGACCCUUCUAAGAACUCCUCCCAGCGCCCUCUGCCAAUCAGAGCGCAACACUAUCACCCCAUAAGUCCCAGCACCGGGGCAGAAGGGGCCAUCUUUUACCAAGGACGCGUGCUUUAGAUAUCGUGGAAGCAUGGACUCCUUCACCACCCCUGGUGAGAACUUCAGAUUUUGUGUUAGCCCCGAGGGCCUUUGGACUUGUGUGGAGAAAGCGCUACAUGAGCGACAGUUCCCACGAGGGCCCUUUGACUCAGCCAUUAAUGGAUAUGUUGGAACCCGAAACCCAAACUCUCGUGAGGCACACCGAUGAGUGUGAUGGCCUCUCAUUGUCCGCCCCUCUAGAGGUGGAAGGUGAACGCAGCUCAGGGGUGUCAUCGGAGGACAAGGUGAACGGAAAAGACAUUGCUCAGCUUGACGAUGCCUUUCUAGAGGACCCAGAGGCCCUGGACAGCAUUGCAUCAAGCAGCGAAGAUGAACCGGGCUCUCCUUGUUUUUGCUCAAUGCCGGUACAAAUUGUUGAAGAGGACUCCAAGGAAGACGGCUAUGAGGAGUUUAGGAGGCUUGGCAUGGAACUAACUGAGCCAAGGCCACGUCGUGAGCGUAAAAAAGUCAUGCGGACUAUUGUACGUGUUGCUGUUUAUGCUGUCCUUAAUCAGUGCCUUAGGGAAAAGCUUUUUGAAGAUUGUGAGGGCUGUGUCAUAGAUGCGCCAGCCCAACGGCACCAUGACUGUGUGACUUGGACUUCAGUAGAUCUAAACUUCAAGCUCCGGCGCCUGUGUGCUGAGUUCUGUUUGGAAAGCUUAUUAAACACUGUUCUUGCCAUAGGUUAUGCUACGCAAUGUCUGUGCCUACCCAAGAACAUUUAGCGUAAGGGGUGACCUUGAUAAAUGCUGUGCAAUUUAGUGCAGACCCUGGCCGUGUUUUAAAGAAAAUGACCAAACCGGAAGAUGCUUGUGUCACAUUCUUGACUUGAACUGGGACCGUAUAGAAUAUGAUUGCAACCAAGGUCCUGUAGUGGCACCAAAUCUUUUGUAAAGGGGGUCAUAUAAGGGGUCUAAGACCAGGUUAUGGG